GACCAUGGCCGUAGCAUGUGGCAGUGGCAAUACCAUGCAGACAAAGACCAUGGCUCUGUCACCUCUAUCCCAUACGUCCACCAUCUCGAGCAGACUGCCCUCUCCGAGCGCGCUCUACAGUCAUACUGCUCACCGAAGUCGACUGUCGACUCUGCCACAUCUACCACACAACCGUCGGUUGCAAUCGUUCAGCCAGUCUAUCUUCAACACCACCAACCUAGCACACACUAAAAAUGCAGAACGCGCACGAACUGCCCAAGGAGGUCCGACCCUUCACGCCCUAUGAAACGCUUGAUGAAGUCAAGAAAGAGAUCGACAAGUUCGACGAGCGCUGCCUGGACUUGCUCGACGUGCUUGACAAGCUUAAGCCCGCAGGCAUCGAUCCGAACUACAUUAACUCCUUCGCAUCGGAGAUAAUUCAUACGCUGCAGCGCCUGGCGCCCGAAGCGCGCGAACGCAUCGAGUGUCGGAAGGAAGUUAGUUCGAAUCUAGAUAAUGCCCCCGAACCAUUGUCGCCGCCAAAGUGGCAAUUCUUAUGUCGGCGGUACCAGGGGACUAUACGUCAUAUCGGCAUACAGCAUAUCCCUGCGCUGUUUGAAGUCGUCCCGCCCGAGCACGCCACCCUCCUCGACGAAAGCCAGGUGUUCAUGGAGCGCGCGGGCACCGGCAGGUUCCACGUUCAGCAGCUGAACGACGAUUGUGGGAUAAUCAACCGUAUGCAUAUGCUCGGCCCCCACAACGAUGGUGGCGAAAACACUGACGACGGCGACGGGAGCUCCGGCGACGGCGGCAGGACUUCUGGCGACGGUGACGGGACUUCUGGCGACGGCGAGGGAAACAAUGUCAAUGCCCACGAAUCGACCGCCAACACCAACACCGUCCACCUCACCUGGGCCGCGAGCGGCGCGCCUACGCAGCCUGGCGGGCGCGUCCACGUGGAGUUCGUGCCCUAUGACCAGACGCACCCCAUCGUCUCCCUUGAAGUUAACGAUAACAAGGAGAUGCCGAGGGUCAUGCGUACCAAUUCGGAGGACGCGGGCGGGAUGGGCGACGUAGGCGGGAUGGACGGCGCGGGCAGCAGGCAAAACGAAACGCACCCAUCGCGCACGAAGCUCAUCAAACAAGUCAUCAGAGCAAAGACGCUGGAUCGGCAGUACGAAGCGAUGUGCUCGCUGGCGUCGUUCCAUGUGUCGAAUCUGGCGAGCCAUCUGGGCCUGGAUCGAAAGGAAGUGUCGGAUUUCGUGCAGGAAGGGGUGAAUGCAUGGUACGUUGCGGAGGUGGAGGGGAGGGUGAGGGAAAUGAUGGCUAGGCAGGAGGAGAUUGGCGAGCAGGUCGAUGAGUUUCCGCCAGCGGAUAUGGGGCCGAUGCCGCACGGCUUGACUCCCCUCGAGGACAUGGUCACCAAGGUGUCCCUAGCGCAAUCGCUGCAAGGAAGACACGCCGCGCAGAUCGAGCUGCUCAAUGCGCUGGCGGGGGAUCUUGUGCGGUAUUGCGCUCUGGAUGGCCAGCUGUUUGCUGUGCUAUUGAAGGGGUGGAUGCGCAAGUUGCUGAGCUCGUCAUCGAGGAGUAUUCUGGGGCUAUCAUCGAGGAGUAUGCCAGGGCCAUCAUCGAAGGCGGUGGAGGGGAUCUCUCUGCCGAAGGGGACGAAGUGGCGGCCUGUGCCGAUGUCUGUGCUGAGACGCCGCGCGGGGCCACCUGCGCUACCGAAUCCGCCCUCGACUCGCACGACGAAGCCGCCCGCACCUGCGAACAACUUAGCCGAUAUCGAGAUGUCGGCCGCUGCUGCAUCUUCGAUGGCUCCCUCGGCAGCCUCUGCAAUGCCUGCUCCUGCAACGCCUGCGACGCCGGCCCUCUUCACGCCUGCGCGACCUGAUCCAUCGACACCUGAAGCGACUCCCUCAUCCCCAACCAAGAAACGCAAGCGGACCUCCGAUGCGAACGACGCACCCACGCUAACUCGGCAGCUACGGUCGAGCACUCGCGCCCCUUCCAUGACACCAUCUCCUUUGCGUUCCGAGCUGCCUUCUGAGGGCCCUUCGACGGUUCACACGGGCAAGCGCACACAAGCGACUGUGAGCGCCACUCUCGCUCAGUCUCGCAGCACAGCAGCCAGGUCUCGUGUCAUCCCUGCGAAGGAUCGAAUCUACACGAUGAGGGCUCGUUUGACUCCUGCGCAACUUCAGCCGUACCCAAAAAAUGCCUUUGCGUCGUCGACCCACGCAGAAGAUCCUUCGACGUCUAUGGCUCGCGCGGAAGACAUUGAUGAUCAGGACGGCGAGCCGCAAUCCAAGCGCAGACGAUCAGCGCGAUUUGGUCGGGGCGUCCCAUUGAAGCGCGCCGCGAGCCAUCGAGAUACGAGGCCAGUGGUGGAUGUAGCGGGACAGACUACGAACUCGCGCCCCCCACGACGUUUACCUUUCACGACCACCGAUCGACCACAGCAGACGCGACCGCGCUCUGCGUCUACCGGCCUGAGCGGAGUCCAUUCGUCUGCGUUCCUGCUCCCGCCCGCGUCUUCCUUCACAUCCGUAUCCCCCUCAUCUACAUCCCCUUCACCGACCCCGCGCACCACGUUCGUCGUGCCGAAAUCGAACUCCAUCCCUCUCAUCGCACCCGCAAACCACCUGCGCGCGCGCGUCCCGUACCCGGCCGUCCCUUGCAUGUCGCCCAGCAGCGACGACGACGACGAGCGCACGGACGAUGACGUGAUUUACACGGCGUGGGCGAGCGGGCAGGCGCACGCCGCGAAGCCGAUCACCACUGCGCCUGGCCAGCUCGGCGCCGGCGAGACAGAAACGGAGGCGGACGAGCCGCCCCGCCGACUCCCCACCGCGCGCAUCGUAGGCUCGUCCGCGCCGAUAGUGCCCCCUUCCUCCCUCCAGCAACAGCUUACGCCGCUUCUGUUUGAGUUUUCGAGACUGCUGUCCAUUGUCCCUGCAUUUAUUGGCUUGCUUUACAAUAUUUAUCAUAUGCUCUAUCCCCCUUCGCACCCUGGAGCGCCGCAGCGCGUGGAUUACUUCGUAUCGGCCCUAUGGGCCAUUCUCACCGGUUACCAAUGCCUCAGCCUGACCACCGGCCUCCUCACUCGCUGGCGCAUCUACUACGCGCCCCUCUCCACCCUCAUCCGUCUGCUCGCGCUUCAGUCUAUCUGCUGGCCCGCCACGCACUUCACCCUCGUCAUCCUCGAGCACGAGAAGCGGCCCGUCAUAACGUGGGCAGUGAUCGCGACGACGACGUGCUGCAGCCGGAGCGUGCAGCUCUGGGUGACGAGCAAUCUGUGGUGGGAGCCGCGGGAGCGGAUGGCGAGGGGGGGCGGAGGGAAGUGGCACAGGUGGCGCGGGGGACAGUGGGGUGGGCGGAGGUGGGAUUGGAGGGAGGUGGGGCUGAAGUGCAUGUUUCCGGCGGGGGUGCUGUAUUUUGUGAUGGCGUGGGCGGAGCAGUUGAGGAGGGAGUUUUCUGGGUGCUGACUAUGGCUCCUUGGAUCUUGAGAGGCCCUUUUGAGUGCUGACUGGAAUUAUCUAUGUGUGUACCACUAGAUAUUCAUUGGUCCUAGGCUUAUUGCCGUCUAAUCGCAUGCAUGCACUUCAUGAGUGGUCG